CGCACAGGUCGGGAGGCUUUUCCGCCUCGCGUUUCCCUCCCGCCUGCGCGCCCGCCCCAGCUAUCAUGGCGGCUCCCUUGGCUCUGGUGGUGGUGGUGGCCGUGACCGUGCGGGCGGCCUUGUUCCGCUCCAGUCUGGCCGAGUUCAUUUCCGAACGGGUGGAGGUGGUGUCCCCACUGAACUCUUGGAAGAGAGUGGUUGAAGGCCUCUCACUGUUGGACUUGGGAGUGUCUCCGUAUUCUGGAGCAGUAUUUCAUGAAACUCCAUUAAUAAUAUACCUCUUUCAUUUCCUGAUUGACUAUGCUGAAUUGGUAUUUAUGAUAACUGAUGCACUCACUGCUAUUGCCCUGUAUUUUGCAAUCCAGGACUUCAAUAAAGUUGUGGUAAGUAUGACCAGAAUCUUUAGGAGAAAACCAGGUCAAAGCAGACCAUUUAUAAUUUGGCUCUCUUUUUUCCCCUCCCUUUGUUUUCUUCAUUCCAGACUUUCUGUUCCAGAUCUUACUCCAAACAUCGGUCUUUUUUGGUACUUCUUUGCGGAGAUGUUUGAGCACUUCAGCCUCUUCUUUGUAUGUGUGUUUCAGAUCAACGUCUUCUUCUACACCAUCCCCUUAGCCAUAAAGCUAAAGGACCACCCUAUCUUCUUCAUGUUCAUCCAGAUUGCUAUCAUCUCCAUCUUCAAGUCCUACCCAACGGUGGGGGACGUGGCCCUCUACAUGGCCUUCUUCCCUGUGUGGAACCAUCUCUACAGAUUCCUCAGAAAUAUCUUUGUCCUCGUCUGCAUCAUUAUCGUCUGCUCCCUGCUCUUCCCUGUCUUGUGGCACCUCUGGAUUUAUGCGGGAAGUGCCAACUCUAAUUUCUUUUAUGCCAUCACGCUGACCUUCAACGUUGGGCAGAUCCUGCUCAUCUCGGAUUACUUCUAUGCCUUCCUGCGGCGCGAGUACUACCUCACCCAUGGGCUCUACUUGACUGCCAAGGACGGCACAGAGGCCAUGCUUGUGCUCAAGUAGGCCUGGCUGGGCCCAGGGCUGCAUGGACUUCAGGGGGUGGAAGGGCCAGGAGCUGGGCCCAGCCCUCGAGCCGGAGUUGCCAGCAGAGGAGUCCUCAGGCAAAUGAGGUUUGAGUCCAGGGUUCCGUAGCUCUGGCACCAGAGGGGAACUGGGGCUGGCAGCAAGGCCAGUGGGGAGUAGCCAGGAGCACCUCCCCUUGGGCCCCCACUCUUUUGGCUCUGCAGACCAGGGAGCCCCCUCCGAUGCUGGAUAGGGGAAGAAGCAGGGGAGCAGGAUUUGUUAGGUUGUGGCUACUUAAUAAAUGUUUUUUGUUAUGAAAUCUA